UCUCCUUGUUUCUUCCAUUUUUUUUACCUCUGAUUCUCUGCGCGUGGGUUUUUGCAGAAAAGAAAAUCCUCUUAUUUCUUCACUCACUCUCUCUCUCUCUCUCUCUCUCUCUCUCUUCACCUGAAGAUGUUUAUUAUGAAAUUAGGAUCCCUAUUAGGAUCCCUACUAGGAUUUCGACAUCAAGGAGGCUUUGACUCAUCUACUGAUGAUGAUGAUGAUGGGGAUGGAGAUGAUACAAAAACAAGAACAACCAGAGUCAAAUGCCCGUUUUGCUCCAAAUGCUUCAAAGUCAAUAAUACUACUGAAUGCCCAGAACCAAAUGCCCGAGUUGCCUCAAAAGCCAGCUAUAUUAAUACGAGUAAUUCUAAGUUGAAUGUAUCAUUUGAUGAAUGGAUAGCAGAUGCUCGAGACUUCACCUCUGAAAAUGAGGACAAGGUUAAAGAAAAUGACCCAUCCAGGAUUAGAGCUCCUUGUGACAGUUCAACUAUAUUAAUGAAUAAUGGUGAAGAUUCUACAACAGAAAAGAAGGGUUUUGUGCCAAAUGUUCAACCUGCAGUUUCUACUGCAUCGAACUCUGUUUUUCAUCCUCCACAAAAGAAAGGGGCAUUCAGGAUGAGUGUACUUGAGGAUUAUCUGGAGCUGGAUGAUGACGACAAUUCUGAGGUGGAGACUUUCUCGACCGACAAGAGCAGCGUUGCUACUGCAACUGUUACACUGGAGAAGCCUCCAGCUUUCUCUGCUCUCUCUGCUGAGUCUAUGCUUGCUGAGAAUGGCGCCAACUCCACCGGCACUAGUGCAUUGUCGUACAGCAAGAUGGUAUCUACCCAGCCAUCCUUUACAUAUGAUAAAGUUGCUCCACCAGAAGAAUCAAAUGCUGGUCCUUCAAUGUUUGACUUUGGGGGUAAAGUUACUUCAAUGAAGGAUUCAGAUGCAGCUUCUCCUGUGUUUAACUAUGUCUCUAAGAGUGUUGACGAAGUUGCACAGCCACAGUUUGCUUUCGCUUCGUCACCCGCAGUUGAUGAAUCUGUUGACGUAAAAUCUGGUGCCUUUUCAGUCCCCAAACCUGAAAGCUCAAGCAGUGCAUCUGCCGUUGUUGCUGCUGCAACAAAUUCUGUAGCUAGUAGUGCCCCAUCACAGCCUGCAUCUGGGAACCCAAAUUCUGCAUUUCCCUUUGGUUCCUCGGAUAAUAAUGAUAAAAUGAACUUUGUAGACAUCAUGACUGAAGACACUAAUCAGGCAUCUACACCUACCGUCCCAGUAUUUGGUCAGCAGCCUGUGUUUGGUCAACAGCCUGUUUCAAACCCACGGUCUGGCUAUGUAUUUGGAUCUACACCUGCAGUCCCAGCAGCGAAUCCCUUCCCAUUUUCAAGCCAACAGAAUCUAGCCAACCCACAGAACCCUUCACCAUUUCAGGCUUCGGGCAGUUUGGGUGCAAGUCAAGGGGGCAGCUUCUCAUUGGGCACUGGUGGUGACAAGUCUAACCGAAGAAUAGUGAAGGUUAAACACAACAGGCCACGGAAGAAGUAAAAGCAUCAAUGGUAAAAUGUGGGUGGUGUGGUUGUUGUUCUCUGUUCUCUAUAUGAGGGUGAAUAACUUUAAUGUGCAAGACUAGAUACAAGAGAUUGCUGUUUGAAUACUGAUGAUGGUAUAAUUGCCCUUCUGAGGUUAGGAAUAUCAGAUGAUUCUGUUUGCUCUACAUAUAUAUUGUUUCCCUUUUUUUUUUUUUUUUACUAUCGAGCCAAAUUUUCGUGGUUGCAAUGAGAGCGCAAGUUUUUCACAAUUUCAUACCAGUUCCGUAGUCGGAACAUUUAUGCUUUUGUAUUAGUACAUGUAGUAGCCUAGUAGGUGAAUGUUUUUGUUUCAGUUCGUAAGUGUAGGUGGUAUUGAGCUUUCUGGCUGGGCAA